UUUUUUUUUUUACAGUCAGAGAUGCAACGGCAGAGCAUUGAGGCCAUUUCUGAAGGAAAAUUUGAAAUUCUUCCAAUCAUAGGCAGAAUCAGUAUCAGCACCAUCAGCCCUAACACCGUUCUCUUCCCCUCCUUUUUAGAGAGAGAGAUUUUUUUUAGAGAGAGAGAAUGAUCUUCAUCAUUGAAUUCCAUGUGCUUCCUUCUCUUCAAUGAUCACACCUCCAUUGGUUUCUAGGGUUUUGAAAUAAAGCUGAUAAGUUUGCAGAGGGUAUAUAUAUAGAGAGAGAGAGGAAUGUAAUAUAUGUGAAAGGAAUCAUUUGCUUUACUGUUUCUUUCAAAUGAUGUUUGGUCUAAAGUGAGAAUAUAUAAAGAGAAUCUGAUAUGAUGUUUGAUGGGUUUCUUCUUCUUCUGUUCAACGGUCUUCCUUCCUCUUCAUUGGAGGCCGUGAUAACUCAACUCUUCUCCCAAUAUUUUUAGAGUGAGAAGGUGCUAUUUUUAAGAUAGAUAGAGAGUGAUAUAUAUAUAUAUAUAUAUAUAUAUAUAAACCUAUAUAUAUACAUUUAUAAAAUUUUAGGGAAUUCUAGAGGGAGAAAUGUUGGCAGUGGUUGGGGGUGAAGGAGGAGGAGCAGUUAACAUGGAGAAGGAUUUUGAUUCAAAGCUUAGGAUUCAGAAUGAUUCAUCCAAUCUUGGGAAAGUACAGAGAUCUAGGAGCUUUGCAUUCAGGGCACCACAGGAGAAUUUUACCAUCCAUGACUUUGAAUUGGGCAAAGUAUAUGGGGUUGGUUCUUAUUCCAAGGUUGUGAGAGCAAAGAAGAUAGACACAGGAAUUGUAUAUGCCUUGAAGGUUAUGGACAAAAAGUUCAUCACCAAAGAAAAUAAAACUGCUUACGUGAAGUUGGAGCGCAUUGUACUUGAUCAGUUGGAUCAUCCUGGCAUUGUGCGGCUAUUUUUUACAUUUCAAGAUAAUUUUUCCCUGUACAUGGCACUUGAGUCCUGUGAUGGUGGAGAACUUUUUGAUCAAAUAAACAGGAAAGGUCGUUUGUCAGAGGAGGAAGCCCGCUUCUAUGCUGCUGAAGUUGUAGAUGCUCUUGAAUAUAUACAUAGUCUGGGAUUGAUACAUCGAGAUAUUAAGCCAGAGAACCUGCUUCUUACUGCAGAAGGACAUAUAAAAAUUGCCGACUUCGGUAGCGUAAAGCCUUUGUUGGAUAGCCGUAUCACCAUCCUUCCAAAUGCAGCAUCAGAUGAUAAGGCUUGCACCUUUGUGGGGACAGCUGCUUAUGUCCCUCCAGAAGUUUUAAAUUCUUCUCCUGCAACUUUUGGAAAUGACCUCUGGGCACUUGGGUGCACCUUGUACCAGAUGCUUUCAGGAACUUCCCCCUUUAAAGAUGCAAGUGAAUGGCUUAUUUUCCAAAGGAUUAUUGCUAGAGACAUCAGAUUUCCAAAUUUUUUUUCUGAAGAAGCUAGAGAUCUUAUUGACCGAUUAUUGGAUACUAAUCCCAGCAAAAGACCAGGUGCUGGGCCUGAUGGUUAUGCUUCGCUCAAGGAGCAUCCUUUCUUUAAGGGUGUUGACUGGACAAAUUUAAGGGCACUACCCACUCCUAGGCUUGCUUUGGAGCCAAAGGGUCAGUCGAAAGAGGGUGGUAAUGCUCAGGAUUCUUCAUGUAACCAUUCACAUAUUGGGGAUGGUUCAGCAAGACAAAAUGAUGGAAAUGGUGGCACUGGAUCAUGUUUUGAAGCUGGCCAUAUAACUAGGCUUGCUUCCAUUGAUUCCUUUGAUUCAAAAUGGCAACAAUUUUUGGACCCUGGGGAAUCCAUUCUUAUGAUCUCAAUGGUCAAGAAAAUUCAGAAACUAACAAGCAAAAAGGUUCAGCUUAUUCUCACCAACAAGCCGAAGUUGAUUUACGUGAACCCCUCAAAAUUGGUGGUUAAAGGAAAUAUAAUCUGGUCCGACAACCCUAAUGACCUAAGCAUCCAAGUUAUGAGCCCUUCACAUUUCAAGAUUUGCACGCCAAAGAAAGUUUUGGCCUUCGAGGAUGCAAAGCAAAGAGCGUUGCAAUGGAAAAAGGCGAUUGAGGAUCUGCAGAACCUGUGAAUUAUGUUCUUCGUUUUGACAUCAAAUUCUUUGGUUGUAGCGAUAUUGUAGAGGAACAUGGGGAUCCCGAAACAGAUGGAUGCUCCCCGGAUUUUUUUCUUUUAUAACAAGAAAGCGAUUCAAGUUGCAGAACGAGCAGUUUCAGAGUUGCUAGACUUCAUCCUCCGAAUUCCUUUCCCUCGUGGCAAAGAACAAAUUUAUGAUUAGGGGUUCUGUAAUAAAAAUAGUACAAAGAGAAUUCCGAGUUGUAGGCUUCGUGGAGAGUUGGUAUCAUGACUGGUUUUCUGUGACAUGGAAAAUAUACAAGCAAUGUGAAAAUGAAACAUUCCAUUUUUAUUAUUUUC